CGCCAUCUGAUCGGGUUAAUCCCAUCAUUGGUGCUUUCAUUGAGAGAUAUACUGUGAGACGAAGUUGUGAGAUUAUGGCCGGACGAAGGACUAGAGGUAACACCGCCGCUUCCGCCCAGUCGACAGUCUUGCGCGCUGCCAGUUCUCCCAUCCUCCACGAGCUUCACAAUCCGGAGGAGAUCGAGAGGGAGAGACAGGCUAUCGCUAGGCGCCAGGCGGAGGAGAUGGCCCGGAAUAAUAGGGCGAAUGGAGAUCGGACCAGGGCCGUGAGCCAAGUCAUAGGCAAUGGAAACGGAAACUCGCGGGGAACCGUUUUUGAAAGGAUAUCUCACCAGAGGGCUCACGUUAGUGAGAGGCUGGGGAAGAAUCCAGACAAGGCGCCCCAGGGCUGGGUACGACCCCAGACCAGCCAAGUGGCAUCCUCUAACCGUGAGCCUCGGCAGCGAACCGGCCGCGGUGGGAGCCAAGCGCUAAUGUGGUCAUUGGUGGUCUUGGACGAGGAGGAAGUUCAAAGCCAAGAUAGGGUCCCAGCACCGCAGCGUCUGGGCCGCAAGUACCGGAAGCUGGCGAGUUCCAGGAUCUGAGGCAACAGAUCCAGGAGAUGCAGAGGAAGAUAAACAAGGGACGAGUGUUCACUACCCGGACGAAUACCCCACUUGCCCCAGAGAUCUUUGCAGAACCCUAUCCGCAGGGAUUCAAAAUGCCAUUUGUCAAGCGUUAUGAUGGGGAAUCGGAUCCCUAAGAACACAUAAAUAGCUACGUCCAGG